AUCAGAAUUCUUAUCCCUCAAUCGCAGCACUGAAAAAGAAAGCUUUAGAGAGAGAAACAAUGGCUGUGGAGAUCGCCGGAGUAGGUCUUUCAUGGGCGUCGAGACACUGCCAGAGACCUAGUUUAUCACAGUCGUCUUCAUCAUCAUCAUCAUCAUCUUCGUCAAGAUCUUCCGGUCGAUGUGCUGUUAAAAUGGCUGUAUCAUUUGAUGAGAAGAAGAAGACCUUCACUCUAAAGAAAUCAGAAGAAGCUUUCAAUGCCGCUAAGGAGUUGAUGCCAGGGGGUGUUAAUUCCCCUGUCCGAGCAUUCAAAUCUGUUGGCGGGCAGCCAAUUGUGAUGGAUUCAGUAAAGGGUUCUCACAUGUGGGACAUUGAUGGUAACGAGUACAUUGAUUAUGUCGGUUCUUGGGGUCCAGCCAUCAUUGGUCAUGCAGAUGAUGAGGUACUAGCCGCAUUGGCGGAGACAAUGAAGAAAGGAACUAGUUUCGGGGCACCAUGCCUUCUAGAAAACGACCUAGCCAAGACUGUAAUCUCUGCGGUCCCAUGUAUAGAAAUGGUCCGUUUCGUCAAUUCAGGAACCGAAGCAUGCAUGGGCGCUCUUCGUCUAGCCCGAGCCUACACCGGCAGAGAAAAGCUCAUCAAAUUCGAAGGCUGCUACCACGGUCACGCUGAUGCAUUCCUCGUAAAAGCAGGAAGCGGCGUGGCCACUCUAGGCCUACCCGAUUCCCCCGGAGUUCCCAAAGCCGCCACAUUUGAGACACUAACAUCUCCCUACAACGACAUUGAGACCGUAAAAAAACUCUUCGAAGCAAACAAGGGAGAAAUCGCUGCCGUUUUCCUCGAACCCGUAGUUGGAAACUCCGGUUUCAUCGCCCCCAAACCGGGCUUCCUCGAACAACUCCGAAAGAUCACAAAAGAAAACGACGCCCUUCUCGUAUUCGACGAGGUCAUGACCGGUUUUCGAUUAGCUUACGGUGGUGCCCAGGAGUAUUUCGGAAUAAUGCCCGACUUAACUACCUUGGGGAAGAUCAUCGGGGGAGGGCUUCCGGUUGGUGCGUACGGUGGAAGAAGGGAGAUUAUGGAGAUGGUUGCACCGUCCGGGCCAAUGUAUCAGGCCGGUACUCUAAGUGGGAACCCGUUGGCAAUGACCGCGGGAAUCCACACGCUUAAGCGGUUGAGAGAGGGUGGGAACUACGAGUAUUUGAAUAAGAUAUCGGGGGAACUCGUAAAGGGGAUUAUCGAGGCUGGGGAGAAAACAGGGCAUGCUAUUUGCGGUGGACAUAUUGGUGGGAUGUUUGGGUUUUUCUUUGCUGAAGGACCCGUCUAUAAUUUUGAUGAUGCUAAGAAGAGCGAUACGGAGAAGUUUGGUAAGUUUUUUCGGGGAAUGCUCGAGGAAGGUGUGUACUUCGCUCCUUCUCAAUUUGAAGCUGGUUUUACUAGCUUAGCUCAUACGGAAGAGGAUAUUAAGCAUACCAUCGAAGCGGCUGAGAAGGUUCUUCGUCGAAUUUAGUUGCGUUUUGUAUUGUUUUCGCGCACUUGGGUUAGAGCUUUUUUCUUGUGUUAUUUUGAAAUAUUGGUGUAUUGUGUGUGUAGUAGCUUUAUGGAACUUUGUGGUGUUGAUUUAGUUAGCAGCGAGAUGUAACAAGAGAUAUAGAGAGUACAUUGUGGUAUUUAAUGAUGAAAUGUUUCUCUUUAUUCUUA